AUCGGCUGAUGCUGUUUAACGUUUCGCAAUUCGUAAGGUUUCAAGUUUGGCGGGUACCAAAGGGAAGUGUAACGAGACGUUUGCAGGCGCAGUAACACCGUUCUAGCUGACACCUACACCACGCCACGCCACACCACGCCGACCUAGUUAUAACGUCUUUUCCACCGAGCUGAAUUUAUUUUUCUUUUUCAGUAUCAGUACGACUCACCGUACCGUGGUCUUUUCCAUGCAAUACCAUAGUAUUUUCCUACCAUUCGUCCUUCGUAUGAUUUUCGUUUCGUCUUCUUCGUGUUCGUAUUUUUUACAUACGUGAUUUUUUUAUUUUUAUAAUUUAUCUUUACGCGUCUUCGUCGAUCUUGUGGUGGGAAAUUUUUUGGGUUUUCUUUGCUUCUUUGUGCUGUUAUUCAGGUUCACGUUAGGGGAACCGGACAUCAGAUUUGUAUUACGAGAAGGUGGCGGAAUAUUAACGAGGAAUGAAAUAUUUGUUUGGAAUAUUUUUCUCGAUGCUAUUUUUCACACCUAUCACAAUGUACACCUGUCGUAUAUCUCAAUUCGUAUGCCGUAACAGUAAUUGCAUUUCUCCUGAUAAAUAUUGCGACGGAAACGACGAUUGCGGUGAUAGUUCGGAUGAACCUAGAUUUUGUACUGUUUGUAAUAGAACUUAUUACGGUGACGUGAAAAAUACUUAUUACAUGGUGCUGCAAAAACCAAUCGAAAGCAAACUGCCAUUUCUGUGUCAUCUCACAUUUACAGCCAACGGACACGACUUUGGCGAUAUUAUACAGUUAGGAUUUGAAAACUUUCACGUGGGACGUUUGGAAACAUCGUCGUUGGAAGGUUGUCCAGACGGUUACAUGCAAAUUCUAGAACUGGGACGACCGUUCACGGGCGGCUCGUGGUGUGGAAAAUCAUCAAGCUUGGCGUUAUACUACAGCGAGUCGAGUACAAUAACAUUAACCAUAAGACUGUUUUAUACUGGUCGAUAUUCGGCUACACCGUUCGAAUUCAAAUUGCGAUAUAAAUUUAUAAAAAAAGAAGAAGCGGUUACCCGUUUCGGUAGCAUUAGUGCGCCGAUCGAGCGAGGCGAAAUCGUACCGGGCACAUACUGCAGUAGAAAUUUCUACGAGUGUUAUCGUAAAAAAUGUCAAAUACAGUCGCCCAAUUAUCCGGGCAUUUAUCCUCGUAACGUCACUUGUUUGUAUCAGAUUCGCCAGAAAACCGUGCCCAAAUGUAAGCACGGUAUGAUCCUCGUGCGUCAAACCAAUCGCCAUAAAAUUAAAUUAAAACGAUCCGUCGAAGAUGUGAAAAACACCACCGAGACUGGUUUGAAAGUUUGGGACACGUGUGACGAUACCAAGGAUCAUCUUAUAUUUUACGAUGGCCUGACGACCGAAGAUGCCGUGUUGUUGAAGUAUUGCGGAGGCGAAUGGCUGCCACCUGUGUUGUCCAGAGGUCCGCAGAUGCUCGUUAUAUUCAGAUCGGCGCCUUUUAAUAUUCCGCUGCAGAGUAAAGAAACGUCUUCGUUGAUCAAGGGGUUUGAACUCGAUAUGGAUACCGUUUUCACCGAUUCCGAUUCGUAUGAUUUUUCAAGACAUCGAUUUAGAUGUGAUUUCUUGAUCAACGCCACCGAAUCAGAAAUGGAAAACGGAGUAGCGAUCAAAUCAAAAAACCGUUCAGGAAGCAUAUCGAGCCCGCGUCACACACUGCCACCAAAUACCACCUGCACUUACAGAUUCCAAGGUCGAGCCGCCGAUCACGUCUGGCUAUCGAUCGCCAGCUACUGGCACGAGCCAUUACUCUCCGGCCAAAGGGAAAACUGCCCAACCCGAUUACGAAUUUGGGACGGGGGUGGUGGCGGCGGCGGCAGCAGUAUGCUGGGGGAUCACUGCAGUCGGCCUAAAAUCUGCGAUCAUUCGGCUCUACGUAAUCACAGCCGUAUUACUCGACCAUGCACUGCCGAAGAGAGCUACAUCUCGUCGACCAACAGUAUCAUCAUGCAAUACUAUUCGAAACCGGGCACUGCCAUUCAUCCGUCGAAAUUUUUAAUCCAUUACGAAUUCGUAGACACCGCGCUAGGCGGUAGACCUUGGCUAAAUUUAGAGAAAGAAGACCGUUCGCGGUUCCGGUCGUGUUCGAGGCUGUUCAAAGGCGCCCAAUCGGGUACCAUUUCGUCUCCUAAGAAUGUCUUCAUGUAUGCUCGAGGGGGUGCCAAGAGUAUCGCUUGUUUGUAUAGGAUCGAAGCGGAACCGGGCGAAAAAAUAAGUUUCACUUUAUACAACGUGUCUUUCGGUUCAAACGCAAACUGCCAAAACACCCUGCACUCGUACACCGAUCAAUACGUUUGCACGCAUAAUGACCAAAGAGUGUCCAGACAAUCAGAACUAGAGAUAUCCGAAUUGCCUUGGAAAGACGUCAAAAUACAAAGGUCUUGCUUCUGUGAUAAUUCAACCGUAAGUAAAAUACCGUCCGGCGUUUAUACGCUCGAAACCGUCGCCCGAGUCUUAGAAAUACGAUUCAAAGUGUACUACGUCAAUUCGAGCGAAGAUUUUUUCGAUAUUUACUUCCACGCUAAAUUCCGCAUGUUCAGAAAGCCCGAUUGCCCGAGAAGGCAACGUUUGCGCGGAUCCGGCGGCGAAAUUCAGAUGGUCCAUCCGCCUCAAAAGAGGAUUGAUAGUUUUUGCGAUGGAUUGCCUUGGAUGGUCGAAGCUAGAGAAAAUCGAAGUUUAUUCAUACUCACGUGGGGCCAUUUUUUAUCCCUCAAACCUGUACCAGAAGAACCGAUACGCUGCAAUACUCGUAAUCGUAUUUUACUGUAUUCGGGAACGCCUUUAAGACUUUUCCACGUAGUUUGUCCAUCAAUACCAAACGAUAACCGACAAGAGAUUCACAUAUUUUCCGAAGAAUGGCAUUCGAGCACACGAGCAGACAAAGACAAAGGCAUUUCUCAAAACCCUCCCAGUUUUCUGCUACGAUUCAUCGGAAAAGAAUCUGGCACCGCGUUACUCAACUGGUUGGAAAUCUCUCGAUCCAGAACAUCGUUAUUACUCCAAUCGGACACAGCUUCCAGUAAUCUAAGCCAUAGUGCAGCAUCGUUAGAAAACCAAACCGCCUUGUCAGCGUUCGAUUGCCCGUUCCAUUGUCCAGAGUUGAACGCUUGCAUAAGUGAUAAUUUGUGGUGCGAUGGGCAUCGUAAUUGUCCGUCGGGGUACGACGAACUAGAAAGUCAUUGCGAUUUGAAAUAUAAAGCUUUAAGAAAUUACGCUAUAUUAACUAGUAUUCUAGUGUUGAUAUUUAUGUUGACUAUUUUUGUAUUGGUGGCUACCAUUAGGAGGUUUAGGUUUAGUAAUAAAUACGCUCACGAAGAUAUGGGGCCUAGGAGAAUUACCACCGAAGAGACCCUUUAUGAUCAGUCUAGCUCUACCAUGUCUUCCUGACAGAGGCUAAAUUCUGGCGAAUUGAUCGAAAUCGAUAGGGAAACUACGGUUUGAUAAGGGUUUCAUCGCUCCUGUGGAUGGGAGAAGGAUGCUGUUAAGGUUUUAUAGGAUUUUUCUGCAGGGUUUAUAUGCUGUAUACUUACCUAUGUAUAAUUAUUAGGUAUAGGUAUCUUUAUACCUACUCGUAUAUUAGGUAGGUGUGUAUAGAGGAAGUGAACUAUUAAUUCAAAUUUUGAAGUAGGAUCAAUUACUUAUUAAAGAACAGAAGUUAGGUCUUCGAUUGUUAGAAAGAUCCAAUCACAUUAUCUCCUAUUGAAUCGAAUUCAAGUUUAAACAGAUCUAGUUAAUCUGACUAAAACUUUGAUCUCGUCAAGUCUGAUUAGAUCAGGUCAGGUCGAUUUGGAUUCAUGAAAUGUCCGGAUCUGAUUUGAUACCGAUUCCCUAUGGAUUCUAACUUCUGUUUUUGAUCAUUUUUAUUCAGUGAAUUAUUAUUUAGGUAGGGUCUACAAAUUCAUUUUCUGAUUCACCAAACAUUUUGUAAAUAUUUUUAAUUUUUCAGUCUUUCUAUAAUUUCACCUUUCUCAUUUCUAGAAUUACUUAAAUUAUUUUUAAGAAGUGCACUUGAAAAAAAGUAAUAAUACUGCAAAUAUUUUUAAUCAGCACUCGAUUAUUUUGAACACUUUUCAAUAUGUGAACUGUAAUUUAAACAUUUCUAUAUGCUAUAUAAACUCAUACAGAGCUCUCUACACAAUCAAAGCUUGUACAGAAUCAUCAUCAAAAUGUACAAACACCUGCCUAGUUACUUAUGUACUUCAUCGUUAUUAAUUUUUGUUACCUAUAGUAAAUAUCAUCUUAUAGUUAAUACUUAAGCUGUUCAUCUGUGUGAUAAAAUGAAAAUUUAUUACACUCUAAAUGCAUCCUCUGCAAAAUACUACCUAGUUUAUUUUACCAGGGUUUCUGGCACCUGAGCAAUUUCAUCACAUCUUACCAUAACAUGGGGUUACCAUAUUAUACUUCGCUUCUUUACUUAUGUACUUAUUACAUAAUUAUGAAUAAAAAUUAUAAUAUAUUGUAAAUUCUUGAGAAACAUACUUACCAUUUAGGCGUGUUUAACAAGAUGGGGGGAAAUUUAAAAAAAAACCUACCAAAUGGUACAGUACAGGGUGUUCCACAAAACAAUAAAGUCUGUUCACCAUUACGAGUAACAUAGGCAACCCAUUCUGAAUUUAUGUAUGGAUGUUUGCCUAGUCUCAGAGUUGAAGAGGUCAUGAAGAUUUUUUUGACAAUUCCCAAAAAAUUUUUAAUAAUUUAUUGUGGGUAAUUUAAAAGAAAACUUGAGUGUAUUCUGACUUUUUCAACAGUAUAAAAAAAUGUAAAAAAAAUUCUGAGACUGGGCAAACAUCAACACAUGAACUUGAAAAGAAUUGCCUACGUUACUCGUGGAAGGGACGUCAUCUGUGACAGGACACCCUGUAUAAAUUUCCUGACCUAGUAGAUAAAAUUGAUUGAAAAAGUUAAACUAAUAAUUUUCCACCACGUUGAACACGCCUAUCGUUGAUAAAAAUUAAAUAAAUCUGUGAUGUAAAAAGAAAUUAAAUUGUAACGUUAAUCGGUAGUGACAUUUUCCCCUUUCUUCCUGCCCUUUUUGUAAUAAUUCUCAUUUUUUUUUUCAGUUUCAUAUUUCAUUAAGUAUAUUCUUUAGUUGUUGUUGUUGUUAUACUAUUGUUCUGAAUUUAAUUUCUAGUUACCUGUAUUGUACUUGUGUAUCUUUAUAAUUUGGUUAGAUCAACUUAUAUAAUUUGUCGUGUACUUACCUACCUACUAUAUCUAUUUUUAUGAUUUUUUACGUGAUUGCGUCCAUUUUAGAUAUUUUGCAUACCGAAUAGUUCAAUGAUGUAGACAAUUUUCGAAUAAAAUUCGUGAAAAAUUUUAUCGCGAGCGAA